UGAAUAACCGUUUUCCUCUCCCUCGCGACAUCUCCGCUAGUAACCUCCCAAUAUUAUUCCUUCUGCCUCUUUAGUGCUAUCGCCGAGUUACAGGUUAAGUGGCUAGUCCUGAUGAUUGUUUUAUUUUACUUUGCAUGGCAUUCGUCCCUUCCUUAACAACCUUGCUUUGAACCGAGUAGUAAGCGAAGGAUUCAUACAUGCUUAGAGAAGGAAUUAUUAUUGUAUCUAUACCAGAAAUGUGUAUAAGAUCUCACGCAAUAAUACAUUCUAAAUUGCUAAAACUGAGGCAAAACUGUGGAGUGAUAGGUUAAUGAGAAUCUAGACGAGACUUGGUACGUAUUCACAGCCGCAUCUGUCCCUCACAUCAUCUAUUUCCAAAGGCCAAAAAAAAAAGUUAUUCGGAUUUUCAUGAGUGUAUUUUAGGCUCAUGGUAUAGAAGAAGGGUCACACUACCACCAGAGUCAUAAAACUACCCCUGGAAACGCUCAAAACUCCCACGAAAUCCUUGUUUAAGAAUACGACUCUUUGAACCGAAAGUACCGAACAAAGGCCAAGGAGUUCGUGAGCAGAGGAUUCGUUUCCGUGGGGUUGAGGGGCAGUCAUUGUGAGGUGUUGGUGAGGGCGGUUGACAGUGUUCCCGGGUGAAGCUGAGUGAGGUGAAGUACUGUCAGCAUGUCGCCAAUUAUCCUGAGGGCAGUGGCGAGGUCUCUACCAAUAUUCUCAGCCAGGAAGUUGGUGCCCUGUGUGGCUGUGAGGUCGUCAUUUACUACGCCAACCCCUCGAGCUGCUGCCAGGGAUGUCUCCUUUGAUGAACCAGUGAAGAAAAACAUCCCAAAGCAGGAUCAAGGUGGUAACGAUGGAGAAGUGACCUGGAGCUGGGAGGCGUCGCGGGAGCAGAUGAUGAUGGCAGAGGGCCACCUGCACGGCACACGGUGGCUGGUGGUUGGCUGGCGGCUCAGCACCGACUUCACCCUCGGGCAUGAUUUCUUUGACUCCCUGGUGGAUACCCUCACCCACAAGUUGGGCCCGCUGCGAGGUGUGAUGCGGUACAGGCUGGGGAAGCCGUGGGUGUGUGAGCUUCCGUCACCACUAAGGGAUGUGCAGUUCCUUGAAGAUGACCCUGAAACAGUACAGCAGAAGGUGGACAGCUUGUGCAACACUGAGGCAGGAUACACCAAAACUCCCUUGUGGAGGCUCCUUGUGACCCCAGCUUCCAAGAGCAAGGUUCCAACACCAAAAGUAGGCAGCAGGACCCGUGCUGUUAAGCGUAGCCACAGCCAAGACUAGAUAGGUGAGUAGGAAGUGAGUCACUUGGUCUGAUGGUAUUCACAAAACUUGCAUCUUUGCAGACUACUUUCUUUACCUUAACUUUCCCAACUAAAAAAAAAAUUGCCUUGCUCUGAAUGUGGAAGUGGAACAAUUGUACAGCAUAAUAUAAGCAGUGCCUGGUUAAGGUGGCAGUCAGGAUCAUGGAAGCUAGAAGAAUAAAUAACAUCUGGGGCAAUGGGCCAGCCCACCGAUGGUUACUGAACCUUUGCACUACAAUACAUCAACACAAGAACAGAAGCAAAUCAAUUAGCACUCACGAAGGAGCUGUUGAUUACUAAGUGGGAUGUUGAAGGACUCGGAGGUGAAGAACCAAGUGCUAAAGGGGAUUCCCCCCCUAAUGUAGGUAAAACUAAACGAAAAAAAAUCUUGUGCUAAAGUUCCCCCAAACAUACUGAGUUUUUAUCAAGAGUUUAAUGCCUGCUCAGACAUACCUUUGUUGAUUUAUGGAUUGAUCCAGUCUACACUUCCUGAACAUUAUUUUAUUAAGGGAGCCACAUCCCAUUUAGUCACUUUAUGGCAUGGAUAAGUGACUAUCUGAAGAUCAUUUCCCUCACUCAUCAAGUUCCCCCAAAAAAUGAUAAUGAAUUUUUCAAGGUAAAGAAACUUAGAACAAACAGCAUCAUGCACCAUCAGCAGUACAGUUUCCAUCAAGCAUGUUGUCACCUUCGGUAAGAAAGAAAGGGAAAUGAGACAACAGACACGUAGACUGUGUGGUGUGCUUAAAGUUGUACAGUUGAUAAAACUGUCUGAAGGUGAAUUCUAAAGUGUUUUACAUAAAAAAUUACCUCUUAUUGUUCAAGUGCAGUGUUCUUACAUCUUUUUUUUUUUACACAGCAUACACACAAGUGCAAUGAAAAGAUGAGUAUUUGAGCACAUUAUGAUACUGAACUGUUGGCAUUUACUUCUUGCAUGGUAUUGGUUACUUCAUCUGCAAGACAUGUGUAAAUAACAUUAUUCACAAAGACUAGGAAUUCCAUGUCACUUGAAUUGAGGGUGCACUGCUUUCUGACACCAGGAUCUCUUAUAACAUUGGUAUGAGGCAAAUCAAAAUGACAUAGAAAAUCAAACAUUUACUCUACAUCUGGAACAUGACUCCAAAAACAAAGUCCAAAAAAUUGAAAUUACAUAUCACAACUUCACUGAGUAAGUGAACAAAUACAAAAUAUUUCUUUCAGCAUAUGAUCCAGUAAUAAAGAAAAUUUGCUUCCCAAAAAAGAGCUUUGUCAUAAUAAAUAUCUGAUGAGUCCACACUCUAAACUUGUUCUCAAACUCCUUCUCCAGCCAACAUAUGUGCCACUUGUACUCCUGACUGGCAGGUCACCCAAGAGGGAACAUGAUGCUUGACAGAAAACUAGGUAUUGAGGCAGACCAACCCUUCAUGGCUUGGCUUGCCAGGGUGUGUUGCUUUGGGCUCAUAACUACCUUACAGGGAUCAUUGAUCAUCAUCAGCAGCAGCAACCACUGACUGAACACAACAAGGCAAAUAAUCACUUUAUAUACUCAAGAGUAUAAGAAGCAAAAGAGAAAAAUACAUUAUUACAUUUUUGCUAACAAUAAUGUGAUUUCAAAUGAAUAUUCAGUUUGUCAUACAAUAUAUGUAUGCCAAACUUUACUAAAUUCAAUAAGAUCUUAGUUUUCUCCUGACAACCAUCCAGUCAAAUUAUGCCACAUCUAAUUAACCUGGUAGCAGCAGGGAUUAUGUUUCUUAAUGGUCCCUCAAAGUGAGAAAAAUGAGAAAAAAUCAUCACUCACACAAACUAUUUCAUAAUAUAUAUCAAAGUAUUUGUGAUCAGUUUAUGUAUCAUCCAUUUUGGGGGGUUAAAAUCAUGGCACAAAUUCGGCCCGUCGCUGCUACCGGGUUAAAGUAAAAAGUACCUAAGCUGCCUCACCAGACAGGUUUUACUGUUACUUGCGUAGUAUUUAGGAGUCUGCCGUAUCAAACAGGUGUUCACAGCAACACCUAGGAAUAACAUCAGUAAUGCAGGCGGCCUUGAAGUCUUAGUAUGGGACUGAAUGAAUGUUCGUAAACAGGAAAUUCAAAAUUAAUUUGACCUUAUGGAAUGGUUCGUAAGAAAGUUAAAUAGUGAUUAUCUUACCGUUUUAUCCUAUCAAAUCAUAUUUUUGCUGUGUGAAUAACUAUGUAUUUAUUUAUUGACCCAGGUGAGCCAGUGUCCAAGUGUACAACAACACACAUGAACUGUUCCUAGUGUGGAGCUGCCGGGACCUGCUCCAGCUGGCAACACUGCUGGAGGCAAGAAAAACACACUCCUUGGCACCACCGACAGUGUGGGCAGGCCUUAAUGCAACAUGCAGGUAGUGUGGUUUAAAAAUAAGUAAAGGUUGAAAUAAGAAUCUAUCAAAGCUUUAGAAUCCCCUUUAGUUGUUGAAUAAGUCUCCUCUUAGCAUAAAGGACUGGUUUAAUAUACAAUUCUUGUAAACCUGAUUCAGAGAACUUGCUUCAAAAUUCUGACUGUCACCUGCUACUCUGCAUAUUAUCUGGUAUGAGAGAAGAUAAAUAGCUUGACUGAAUCUCAACUGUGUCAUAUUUCAUAAUGGCUGCCCUGAGUGGUGUCAGAACAGCCUCAUCUUAACAUAAACUUUAAAGACAGAGUGGUGGUGUAGUUAAAUUAAUUUUGUUCUGCAAAAUAUUUUUACUCUCAUUCCUUACAACAGAUCCUGUAACAAACUGGCAUCCACCUGCAGGAGCUACUUGAAGGAGUAGCAGUGAAAGUCCUGACUGGCUCAUACACUGCCUGUGCAACCAGUCCCUCCCUUUCCCUGGCCACACACUGGACAGGUAAGGCCGAGGCCAGACCACUCAGGCAGGGGCAGAAAAUCUUGAUCUUAAGUACAUAUAACAAACACAAUGAUGAGCAGAAUACUGGAAUAAGAGAAGUGUUUGUGCUCCUGACCUGACGUGAUGGCCUUGCUGUAGUCACAAGUUACUUUUGCAAAUCUUAAUAUUUGUAUAUACAAAAUAAUAGUUUUUUAUGUUUAAAGGCAAACAUGCUGUAUUUUUUUAUACCUAAUGAAAUAUCUAUCAAAUAGAUGUUAUCACUUUGCUGACAUAAUAAAUUACUACCUUUAAAAUGUGUGCUUCUCCAGACAGAGUAAAGCAACUUGUAGAGUCAAGACAUCAAGAUUUCACUGUGGUCAUACCUUCUGGUCACUGAUAAAUCUCCCUCAAAAUUGCUACAGGAACAAACACACAUCCAAUUUAUUUUCAUAUUUAAAUAUUUAAUCUACCAAUUAACGUAUAAAACACAAGAAUUUGAGUACUUACAAAAUGCACACACAACACAAACUUCCAUUCUGAGUACUUCAUUGGACUAGAUUUGGAGAGGUCAAUCAUGUGCAGUCACACAUAAAAAAAUAUAAUUAUUCCGUGGCUCUAUGACUUAGAAAUGCUUUAAAUAAUUAUGCAAUGAACAGUGACUUUGUCGUGCAGGACUUGAGCUCCUGAGGCAAGGACUAGGAGAGCUAAUGUCAGGAGCCUCACUCAGGAAGUCGAGGGUCAUUUCAAUGAAAAUGACCUCUGACCUGCUUAUGGAGCCCUAAAAAAGCACUGCUCCAAGCUUCCCUCCCAGGUGAGCACUAUCUAAACAGCCUUGUGAAUGAGCAGAGAGCUCACUGAGCUGAGUACUUUGAGCAGCUAUGCAUGGCAGACCCUCCAAGGCAGCUACCAGCUGCUAGGUUGAAAAUGGUGAAUGCCGAUUCACCCAUUGACAUAACUCCACACAUUCUUGACGAAGUCUGAGAGGAUGUGGCAAAGUUGAGGGAUGCAAAGGAAGCUGCUUUUUGUAAGAUAAGUGCAGAGCUGCACAGAGCUGGAAGUUAGGCCAUCAUCUGUGAGUUGCAAGCAGUCUUUACAACCAUUUGGCAAUAUGGCACUAUUCCUCCUAACUGGAAGAGGGAGUUGGUCAUCCCCCUCCUUUUUUUUCAUGUUUCGGCCUAUGGCAGCAAUAAGCCAUCUUGGUGGAGCUUGAUGAUCUUCCCCAGCCUGUUGUGGUGCAGGCAAGUGUUUAUCGAGGCGCCAUCUUGCUUGGCUCAUGCUGUCCCCUGGAGCUCAUCCUUGAGCCUCUCUUUGAGAGAGAAUCUAGAGUCUGGGUUGCUGGGUGGUCUUCAGGACAGCAUGUGAGUAGUCUUAAGGCCCGUCCACACAAUCGAGCAGUGCCGUCGACCACAGGCGAGCGGUCUGACCUCUGAAAAACUUGCUUGUAUCCGCUGAAAACUUAGUAGUUUUUCAGCGGGCACAAGCGGUAAGCCCGUCAACAGGCAGACCACUCGCCUUAGCUCGACGGCACUGCUCGAUCGGGUGGAUGGGCCUUAAGGCCACUCAGCAGUGACUGAAAAAUCCCAGCUGUGGCAGCAGGCAGGACUCGAACCCACAUCUUCCUGGACAUGGUGCUGGCACCCUAACCACUCAGUCACCUCCUCCUCUUGGGAAAGGGAAAGGGAGCCACCAGACUUGCAACAACUACCAUGGAAUUAUGAUGCUGAAUGAGCCAGGCAAUGUCAAGCAAGGUGCUUGCCAAUCCAUUAUUGAUGCAGCUUCUUUCCUCCUGAAUGUAGGAGUGAUGCAGAGCUGUGUCCUCGCCCCAAUCACUUGUUGACACUAGCAAAGAAUGAGUAUUAGGCAGACUUGUGGAUCAGUGUCAUUGUGCAACAUCUAUUGUCAACAUCAAGGUCAUCAACCUUGUUUUUGCCGAUGAUGCAGUAAUCCUUGGGGAGACACUGGCGGUCUCUAGUGAGAUGCUGAUCCACAGGUGCUUAGAGACGCUGUGCACUGUUGUUAAAGAGUAUAUACAGCUCAAGCAUGGAUGUAAGGCUCAUGUCUUCUGCCACCACCACUGAGUAUGAUGUUGCCAGGAGCCACCAGUGGACCAGUGGACAUCCAGGUGUCAAGUGUACACUAUUUUUGCAGGACAGACUAUCCCAGUUAAAUAGCAAUGGGUACACAAUUUAUUUUGUGCAAGGAUAUCCCACAGUUCAUUGGCAACAGCUAUGAGAUUUUGUGCAAGCAUACCGUGAAUGGAAUGUCAGUCUAUCAACGCAAUGCCCCAAAAAUGGCAAAAUGGAGAACUGGGAGUCUCAAUUUUGGGGCAGAGUCAUUAUGAACAUAUGUUGUGUCAUUAAUUAACAUUGCCUUACGCUUACAGAUUGCGGCCCACGGCACCACACCAUCUGCAGAGGCGUCAGCCCCCAAGACACCACCAGCAUCACUGAACAUAAGAACAUAAGAACCCAGGGAGACUGCAAGAGGCCGGGUGGCCUACACAGGGCAGCUCCAGAAUCCCCCCCACUACUCACGAUGGGUGAGGUGUAGUUUCAGGGGUUACAGGUAGAGGCUUGAUCCUCGUUAUACCGGCAGUACUAUGCACGUACCAGUACCCUGUCACCUUACUGCACCCACACCUCACUGCCACCUGUCGUCCUCGUCCAUGUAGCUAUCCAGUCUACUCUUAAAACAAGCUAUCGUCCCUGCACUAACUAUGUGAUUGCUGAGUCUAUUCCAUUCCCCCACCACCCUAUUACUAAACCAAUGCUUGCCUAUAUCUCUAAAAGAGAAUAUUUUUAAGAAAUGCUCACCCGCCGCCUCAGUUACCACCUUACAAGUGGAGCCCCAAGAAGACACUUCCAAGAAGUUCACGGCAACACCCUCACAAGAAAUUACUUAGAAGAAGGUACAGAAAUAAUUGAUAGAUGCACAGACAACAGACGCCUGCAAAUUUUAAAAGCCCUGUACAUCAAAGUGCUCAAUCCCAAC